AUGUCUGAUAUCACUGAUAAGACGGCUGAACAAUUGGAACAAUUGAACAUUCAAGAUGACCAACAAACUGCUCCAACUUCAACUGAUUCAGAUAACCAAAAGGUUGAGACUUCAUCUGCCUCAUUGUACGUUGGUGAAUUAGACCCAUCAGUGUCUGAAGCGCUAUUGUAUGACAUCUUUUCUCCAAUCGGUUCUGUUUCUUCCAUCCGAGUCUGUCGUGAUGCCAUCACCAAGACCUCUUUAGGUUAUGCUUAUGUGAACUUCAAUGAUCAUGAAGCUGGUGAACAAGCCAUUGAAAAGUUGAACUACGCGCCAAUUAAAGGUGUUCCAUGUCGUAUCAUGUGGUCUCAACGUGAUCCUUCCUUAAGAAAGAAAGGUUCUGGUAAUAUUUUCAUCAAGAAUCUGCAUGCUGAUAUUGAUAACAAGGCUUUACACGAUACCUUCUCCGUUUUUGGAGAUAUCUUGUCUUGUAAGAUUGCCACUGAUGAAGCUGGCAACUCUAAAGGAUUUGGAUUCGUCCAUUUUGCUGAUGAUGAAGCUGCCAGAGAAGCUGUUGAUGCGAUCAAUGGUAUGCUAUUGAACGGACAAGAAGUUUACGUUGCUCCACAUGUUUCGAGAAAGGACCGUCAAUCCAAGUUGGAAGAAGCAAAGGCAAACUUUACCAAUGUUUACGUCAAGAACAUUAAUGUUGAAGCAACUCCAGAAGAAUUUGAAAAAUAUUUCAGUCAAGUAGGCCCUGUUACCUCCGUUCAUUUAGAAAAAGACAGCGAAGGUAAAUCAAGAGGUUUUGGUUUCGUUAAUUACGAAGACCACGGAGAUGCAGCAAAGGCCGUUGAAGAAUUGAAUGAAAGUGAAUUCAAAGGUCAAGUCUUGCAUGUUGGUCGUGCGCAAAAGAAAUAUGAACGUUUACAAGAGUUGAAGAAGCAAUAUGAAGCCUACAGAAUGGAAAAAUUAGAAAAGUCUCAAGGUGUCAAUUUAUUCAUCAAAAAUUUGGAUGAUUCAAUCGAUGAUGAAAAAUUGGAAGAAGAAUUUGCUCCAUUUGGUAGCAUCACUUCUGUUAGAGUUAUGAGAACCGAAAACGGCAAAUCCAAGGGGUUCGGUUUCGUUUGUUUCUCAACUCCAGAAGAGGCUACAAAGGCUAUUACGGAAAAGAAUCAACAAAUUGUCGCUGGUAAACCAUUAUAUGUUGCCAUUGCUCAAAGAAAAGACGUUAGACGUUCUCAAUUGGCUCAACAAAUUCAGGCUAGAAAUCAAAUGAGAUACCAGCAGGCUACUGCAGCUGCCGCUGCGGCCGCUGGUAUGCGUGGUCAAUUCAUGCCACCAAUGUUUUAUGGUGUUAUGCCACCAAGAGGUGUUCCAUUUAAUGGUCCAACCCCACAACAAAUGGCUGCUAUGGGAGGUAUGCCAAAGAAUGGUGUCCCAAUGCAACAGUUCAGAAAUUCUCCAGUCUAUGGCGUUCCACCACAAGGUGCACCUCAACAAGGGAACUUCAUGAGAAAUGGUGGAAAUGCAAAUCAAUUCUACCAACAAAAGCAAAGACAAGCUUUGGGUGAAGAACUAUAUAAGAAAGUUUUCUCCAAAACUUCUGAUGAAGAAGCUGCCGGUAAGAUCACUGGUAUGAUCUUGGACUUGCCUUCUCAAGAAGUUGUACCAUUAUUGGAAAGUGACGACCUAUUCGAACAACAUUUCAAAGAGGCUUUUGCUGCUUAUGAAUCUUUCAAGCAAGAACAAGAUCAACAACAGCAACAACCACAACCACAACAACCUCAAACACAAGCUUGA